CUGAAGAAGAAGAAGAAGAGGUCUUAGCAUUCUGGAACAGCCUUCUGAGAAGACGUAAAGUGGUCUCCGGUCUGGCUGGAUUUCGCAUUUCUCGCCAUGUCCCAAGUGAAGAGUAUCUUGCAGAAAUACGCGACCUCUAAGAUCAAGCGGAGGCUAUCCUUCGCUGCAAAUGUUAAAAACCCGGAUGAUGAGCCGAUCCCACCUCCAGAGGCUUUCAUUGUGAAACGGCCGAGCUUGGGCAAUUUGGGACAAUCAACAGGCGGAGGUCAAGGCAAUGCAGCAGCGGAAUCCGCGCUUGGUGCUGUCCCACCCCGCCCUGGUGGCCGAAUGCAGGUGGAAGUGGUGCGUGACCAAAACGGCGUCCUUUCGGACGCCCUCGGUGAAGGCGCCGCUGCAGUCAUACCGCUCCUGUUGUGCGUGGGCCUCCUCGUCUGCCUUGUCGCAGGGGGUGUCAUCAUCGCACUGCAGGGACUGUCAGGGCCCACAUCGAGCGAACCGUCGGAGGUCACGCUCAGUGGCACAAAUGUCACUAACGUCACCACGACUAAACCGAUCCCAGGCGGGAGAAGGGGAGACCAGGGCACUACGUUGACAGAGUCUUCUGCGGAUACUGUUGGGUCGACAGUCCAAUCGCAUCCGGAUGAAUAUCGGGAGGGUACCCCGGGUGAUUCUUCAUAAUACCGAAAGGCUCGACAGCCGUGUGCGUGGCCGGGAAACGCCAGCACCAGCAACUGAAGGCGGACAUGAAUCUAGCUGGGUCCCAUAGCAACUGCGUAUUAUACGUCGUGGACACCAUCAACCGCAUUCGCUUUCUUAUCGACACUUGGGCAAGAGACAGCAUCAUUCCACCCCAUCUUUCUGACAGUCAUCUAACCUUUGAGCUUACCUUGAAGACUGUCAACCCUUCACUCUUCCAUCACUUUGAACUGCGCCGCAAGUUUCAAUAGGUCUUCAUCAUUUCGACGCUACUUUGACUAUUCGGACCCAAUCAUAAAGCGCGGAUUUCUCGCGCAAUUUUGAUCUAUUUGUUAGUG